CAAAGUGUUCAAAUACUUUUCAUGUUAACUUUGAACAAGAUAGCCUAUCAGUUGCUUUAUAUUUUAUAUUUGAUAUUUUUUCUUAUUUGUUUUUGCUUUUAAAACUUCCUUUAAAAUAAAUAUAACUUGGUACUUGAUAUUUUGUUAUCUAAUGCAACAAUAUUAAUUCAUUUUUAUGUGUGUCCAAAUACUUCUUGGGGCCACUGUUUACAAUAUAUUGGCUACUAUAUAUCUACUGCAUCGACUAUAUAUUCUAUAUUAUAUACCGUAUCUAAAUGCCAAAAGAUUUUUUGCUGGGUCUCAAGAGAACAUCAUAUCAGAUAAGUAGCAUAUAGGCUAUGUUUUCCAUAAUAUAUAUGUUCCCUACGUGAAAGUCCGCCUUAAAUUAAUUUGCAUUCACGCUCCUCCCAAUGACGUUCGGAACUCCUCCAAUAUACUUCAUUGUGCGUUUUUUCGCACACUCGCAUAGUCAUUUCCACGCUGGCACCAAAGACUCAUCAAGCUUUUACAUCCACUCCUUCAACUUCAGGAGUCCUUCUGGACCAAAAUCUGUCUGAUCACACAAUGGCAGAAGAAAAGAUCUGCAUAGAAGAUGGAAAGGCUUCCAACGGGGAAGCGCACCUGGACGACCCGACCCUCGCCAAUGGCUUGAGCGACCGCAAGAAAAGUGAACCGGAGACUACCGCUCAGAGGUUGAAACGGAUCGCCAUGGCUAAUCUGCUGGUCAUCCUGACGGUGUCUGCUGUCAUCAUCGGCGUUUUCAUCGGGCUCGGCGUGCGGAGCGCCGGACUCAGCCGGACGCAGGUCAUCUACUUCGGAUUCCCCGGUGAGCUCCUGAUCCGCCUGCUCAAGAUGAUCAUCAUUCCUCUGGUGGUCUGCAGCCUGGUGUCAGGGGCGGCCAGCAUCGACCCCAAAGCCCUGGGCAAGUUAGGCGGCUGGGCGAUGCUCUUCUUUCUGGUGACCACUCUGAUCGCCUCCACCAUCGGCGUGAUCAUGGCUUUCAUCAUACAGCCCGGUUCAAGUGACGGGAACUCCAUAUCCCAACUCAACACACAGGACGACAGCAAUGUUCCCCAAGCUAAAGAAGUCAUGGAUUCGUUUUUAGACUUAAUAAGAAACAUCUUCCCCUCCAACCUGGUAGCUGCUGCCUUUCAGUCGUAUGCCACAGGUUACAAGUUUGUGAAAAAUGACACCAACUCGACCAACUUCUCUUUGGAAAAGGUUCCAGUUGGCUCAGAUGUGGAUGGCAUGAACAUCCUGGGACUUAUCGUGUUUGCCAUGGUAUUUGGAGUGGCAUUGAGGAAACUUGGAGAGGAAGGAGAGAUCCUUAUUAAGUUCUUCAGCUCUUUCAAUGAGGCCACCAUGGUGCUGGUCUCCUGGAUCAUGUGGUACGCACCUUUGGGUAUCAUGUUCCUGGUUGCCGGUAAGAUUGUGGAAAUGGAGGAUGUGGGGUUGUUGUUUGCCAGCUUGGGGAAGUACAUUGCCUGCUGCGUGAUUGGCCAUGCCAUCCACGGCUUGCUGGUGCUGCCGCUCAUUUAUUUCGUUAUCACUCGGAAGAACCCCUACACGUUCCUGCUGGGAUUGGUCACAGCACUGGCUACCGCCUUCGGAACCUCCUCUAGCUCUGCCACGUUGCCCCUAAUGAUGAAGUGUGUGGAAGAGAACAACGGUGUGUCCAAACACAUCAGCCGUUUCAUCCUGCCCAUCGGAGCUACAGUCAACAUGGACGGAGCCGCCUGCUUCCAGUGUGUAGCUGCGGUCUUCAUCGCUCAACUCAACAAGAUCCCGCUGAACUUCGUCCAAGUCAUCACCAUUCUAGUGACAGCGACUGCGUCCAGUGUGGGAGCUGCUGGUAUCCCUGCUGGAGGCGUGCUGACACUGGCCAUCAUUUUGGAAGCAGUAGGACUUCCCACCAACGACAUCUCCCUCAUCCUGGCUGUGGACUGGCUUGUUGACCGUACUUGUACCGUCAUCAACGUUGAAGGUGACGCCUAUGGAGCAGGUCUACUGCAAUACUUUGUGGAUCGCACAGCCAGCAAAAAUGAGGGGACGGAGCUCAAAAAGGUGCGGGUGGAGGAAGAAGACACCAUGUCGAAGCCAGAAAGUUCUCCGCUUAUCGAGAAACGGGACAACGUUGAAUUGGAGGAGGUCGCCGGACCUAAACCUUGUGAAAAGGAGUCCGUCAUGUAGACUUGCACAGUUUUUUUUUAACAAACUUUCCUUCCCUACCUGCCAAAACAUCCCGCAAUCAACCUCUGCAUCUACACGGAGGCCAUUGGAGAGAUGCAGGUUUAGUUUAGGACAAGACUAAGAUUAUAUCCUUCCGACUUUCCUCGACACCCAACUCUUUAUGAAUGGAGUCUGCCAAAGCACAUGCACAGAGAUUUAGAUAGAGGACCUUGGAAAAAUGCUUGAACAAUUAUUUAUUAGAUGCUGGUCAGAUAGUUUGGAAAUUGUAGUAUCUUUUUAUUUUGUACUGUCGCUUCUUGGUUUUUAAGCCUUUUUUUAAUUUUAUUUUUUAUGUUCGUUAUACUCCUUUUUAUAUAUACAAAAAAACAUCUAUGUGGGUGCAGACAGCUCAUUCGGGCCUUUCAAAGGCUAGGUUGUUUUGUUUUGAUGUAUGUUUUUGUUUUGUUUGUCUUUUUGUUUUGUUUUUGUUUUUCAUUUGUUUUGUGUUUUUGUUUUGUGCUUUUUUUUUUUUUUUUUUUUCUUUUUUAUUUUUUAUCUAAAUAGUUUCAGUGCCCUCUUGUUCUGAUUAUACCCCUAGCUCCCUAUUAAAACGCUCAGAAUUCUCUCUGCAGCGUUCCCACUCAAAUUAGGUCCUUGUAAGCCAAAGUACACACACAGAACCUCAGCAUCGGUCACGGUCCUAAAACACACCAAAUAAGUUUUAGAUAGCCUGAUGUUCCAAUAGUCCGCUUUGAAAUACCUCAUUCAUGGAGACCUGAUUCCCUUAAAACAAGCAACCUCAAAUGUCCAUCUAGCUGAUAGAAGACACUAUAGAAAGGAGUUGGUAGCCUGAUCUUUGACCUUGACUGCUAAAAGAUUGUUUAGAACUGACAUUUUGCCCUCUGCUGUGUACUUUCAAGUUUCUUCUUUGUCUUUAUGCAGAUAGCAUUUCGUUUUAGGGUCAAGUUGCGCUCGAAGGUCAGACAAGGAAAGCAGCACGAUAAAAUAUGGGUCACGUGCAAAGUAUGCCUUGUGUCUUAAGUUCCAAGGCUGUUUGGAUAAGGUUGUGGAAACAACCUUGUAGCCUGCAGGUGAGAGGAUACACUAUGCGCUGUUCUGCGGGUUGAUAAGCAACUAUUUUCUGUUGAGAGGUAUAAACGGCUCAGUUUUGAAAAAGGCAAUGCCUGAAUGAUCGGUUUCAGUGGAAAACCCAUAGAUGUGCAUCUGAAUAUGGGCUGGAACUGAGAAAUGGAAGCUGUAAAUAAACUAGAAUAAAGUCAGGCAAGUUUUUCAUUUGGUGUAGGAGCACUGUAUUCAACCUAAAUGUUUAGUGUUUUUUAUUUUUAUUGUUAAAUAUGCUUUGUCUAGUGUUGGCAUAGAAUUUAGGAUAAAAAUCAAGCUUUUUGCAUAUGCAGUUCCAAUAAUCCUCUUUAUUUGUAAUAUAGACGGCAAUGAAGUAUAGUAUUUUUAGUUGCUUUUACAAAAUAUAAUCAUGAAGAUUUUGAACAACCUGUUGACUGUUGGUAUUUUUUUAUGUAAUUGCAGAGGAGCACAAAUAUGUUGGACAUUUCCAAAGUUAGUUCAUUUUAUAAGGGGGAAUCGUGUACAAUAUGUUCUGUGAACACCAUUUACUGGUUGACUGUUUUAAUAGUACAACUUGUACUUGGACUGAAUUACUUAGGCACAUUUUUAUAGAGAUGCUUUGUAAAUGAAUAAUAUAAAAAAAAACAGCAGCAGAAGAAAGAUGUCACGACAGGGUGAGAAAUUAGCAAAUCAUUUUUCUAUUGUAUGUAGACCACAUAUCACUCAUUUAAACAUACUGAUAAUGAGAAACCACAUAGAAACCCAUUUGUUUCAGGAGUCACUAACAAUUUGUCUUUCCAUUUGUUGAUUUAGAACUGCCAUUAAGCGAUUUAAAACGGACCAAACCUGAAACUAUUUCUGUUCCGUUUUAAUUUCUUGACAUUUUCAUUGGGGGUGGGAGGGGAUUGGUGCUCAUAAUCUGCACUAUUAACAGUCACAUUUCAUUUUCAGUUUGUGCUCAAUCUAUUUCCAAUCACAGGAUUUGUUUGUAAUUGAAAUCACUCCUUAAGAUAUGUUGUUUAAAUGUGUUUAAUAAGCCCAUAGUAAGCAAUAUACUGCAAUGGCUUAUCAUUCCAAGUGGUGUUAGUGUACUUGCUUGAGUGAUGCGUAUAUGUGUCUGUGUGUGAGGUCUAUGGGUGACUGUCAUAAAUGGUUGCUUGAUGAUGUCAUCAAUGGAGCCAAAGUGUACUGGUAAGAGAACCAUUGAUUGUACUCCACACUAACUGCAGAAUAAAAUCUUUUUAAAUAUA